CGAAAAUAUCUGAUUUCGGCUUCGUACGGAUGAUCCAAGGAAAACAAACUGAAGGAAGCACAGGAAGAGUAGUCGGAACAUAUGAUAUAUGGCACCGGAAUAUGCAUUAGAAGGGAUUUUCUCGGUAAAAUCAGAUGUUUUCAGCUUUGGUGUAGUGAUGCUCAAGAUCAUUAGCGGGAAAAAGAACCUGAGGUUUUAUCAUGUGGAAAAUACACCAAGCCUAAUUGCUUAUGCAUGGAGAUUGUGGCAAGAAGGUAAGGGGUUGGAUUUAACAGACGACGAGUUGCGACGCAAGCGAGGUGUCAAGGUGCUUGCAAUGUCGGGCUGUUAUGCGUGCAGGAAGAUCCCGGCGAACGCCCCAACAUGUCCAACGAUGUUGUCUUGCUCGGUAGCGAAACUGUGAGCCUUCCGGUUCCGAAGCAGCCUGCUUUUCUGACGAGGAGAACACUUUCUAGCACAGCUUCUACGUCAAGGCGAAGAUUAGUACUGAAAUCACUGCAUCUCUUGAAGAAGGCCGAUGAUCCUUCAAACUCUCGUCACAUAAACAUUGUUUGUAAUA